AUGGGACUUUCAUCACUUACACAAAAAUUGUCGAUACAAGUCACUCAUUGUAGUUUACUUGAAGUGAAGAAAUAUCAUCCAAAUGUCACAGCAAUUGUCAAUGCAGCAAACGUUUAUAUGAGAGGAGGCGGUGGUCUUGAUGGUGCUAUUCACAAAGCAGCUGGUUCAGAGUUAUUGCAAGAACUAAAGAAACUCGUUCCAACAAAAACUCAAACAGCUGAAGUCAUCGUGAGCAAGGGAUAUAAAACUGGCUUUUCUCAUAUUUUACACGUUGCUGGACCAAUUUACUCAUCAUCAAAUCCGGACGAAUCUCGAAAGUUACUUGAAGAAACAUAUACAAAUGUUAUACGAACAGCUGAUUCACAAGGAAUCAAUGCGCUUGGCUCGGCAUCGAUUAGCACAGGUAUAUAUGGUUACCCAUUAGACGAUGCUGCAAAAGUGGCUAUUUCAACUGUUGCGCGUGAACUGUCGCAAUCGCAACACUUGAAAACAGUUAUCUUUGCAAUGCUUGGACAACAAGAAUAUGAUGUAUUUACUAAAGCGUAUCAACAAUGGAAACACAAACACGAAAGCGAUUUGUAG